AUGAUUUGUGACGGUGCUGCUAGCGGGCGCUGGCCGGCGGUCGCUAGCCCUGCGCCGUCGCCCGAGGAGGCAAAGGGAAAGAGGGCCAAGGCGAAGAAAGGCGAAGCGGAGGCGGCGAGGCCCGACAGGGCCGCUGCGGCCGACUCGGAGGCCAAGGAGUCGAAGUUGAUGGCCAAGGAGGCGAAGCCAAAUGACAUCCAGUUGAUGACCAAGGAGGUGACGCCAAAUGGCAUCGAGGUGAUGGCCAAGGAGGAAAAGCCAAAUGACAUCCAGUUGAUGGCCAUGGAAGAGAAGCCAAAUUACUUGGAGCUGGACAAGGAGGCGAAGCCAAAUGACAUCGAGUUGAUGACCAAGGAGGCGAAGCCAAAUAACAUUGAGUUGAUGACCAAGGAGGCGAAGCCAAAUGACAUCCAGCUGAUGACCAAGGAGGUGACGCCAAAUGGCAUCGAGGUGAUGGCCAAGGAGGCGACGCCAAAUGAUAUGGAGUUGAUGACCAAGGAGGAGAAGCCAAAUGACAUCGAAUUGAUGGCCAAGGAGACGAAGCCAAAUGACAUCGAAUUGAUGGCCACGGAGACGAAGCCAAAUGACUUCGAAUUGAUGGACAAGGAAACGAAACCAAACGACUUCGAUUUGGACAAGGAGACGAAGGCAAAUGACAUCGAGUUGAUUACCAAGGAUACAAAGCCAAAUAACAUUGAGUUGAUGACCAAGGAGGCGAAGCCAAAUGAUAUGGAGUUGAUGGUCAAGGAGGCGAAGCCAAAUGAUAUCCAGUUGAUGACCAAGGAGGUGACGCGAAAUGACACCGAGUUGAUGGCCGAGGAGGCGAAGCCAAAUGACAUCGAGUUGAUGGCCAAGGAGGCGAAGCCAAAUGACAUCGAGUUGAUGGCCGAGGAGGAAAAGCCAAAUGACAUCGAAUUGAUGACCAAGGAGACGAAGCCAAAUGACAUCGAAUUGAUGGCCACGGAGACGAUGCCAAAUGACAUCGAAUUGAUGGCCACGGAGACGAAGCCAGAUGACUUGGUGUUGAUGGUCAAGGAGACGAAGCCAAACGACUUCGAGUUGGACAAGGAGGGGAAGACAAAUGAAAUAGAGGUGAUGGCUAAGGAGACGAAGGACAUAAAGCCAAAUGACAUCGAGCUGGAGGCGAAACCAAAUGGCAUUGAGUUGGUGGCGAUGGAGUCGAAGAACGAGACGAAUUCAAAUGGCAUCGAGUUUAUUCCCAAGGUGUCGACGGUCCUGAAGCCGAAUGACUUCGAGCUGACAGCAAAGGAGUCAAAGGACGAGACCAAUCCAAACGACAUCGAGUUGAUUCCCAAGGAGUCAAUGGAGGACCCAAAGUCAAAUGGCUUGGCGUUGAUGGCAGAGGAGUCGAAGGACGACACGAAACUAAAUGUCAUCGACUUGAUUCCCAAGAACGGCUUUGAGCUGACAGCGAAGGAGUCGAAAGAUUCGAAGCCUCAGGAGUCGCAGAGCGAGGAGGCUGUUCGAGAGAUGGAGGCGAUCGCGGAACCGCAGGAGGAGGAGAGCUGUAACGCUUCCGAAGAGAACGCAGGGUUGUCCAACUGGCGGUGCGCGCUUAGGGGUCGUCACGAGAUACCUUGUUCGGACGAUAAGUCACUGGUAUCUCCUCCACCUUCCGAGAAAAAAGCAUGCACCACACUUACGCGGGGCGUAAUUGCGCGAGGAGUCGACCUGGCCAAGGACAUAGUUGAAGUUUCGGAGGCGGCAGAGGUGACGCCGACACCCGCAGACGACACGUAA